AUGACAAAGGUGUACCCCACUCCCAUCACUUCGGUUGUUGUUUCGCCACCCAAAUCCUCUGCUGCCAGUAAGAAUCCGGUGGUCUUCACUGUUUGGAAGAAGUCUCUACUCUUCAAUUACGAUGGAUUUCCAGUGUUCGACUCCAACGGCAAUCUUGUAUUUCGAGUAGACAACUAUGUCACCGGAGGGAAUGGUGAAAUUGUUCUCAUGGAUGCGUUCGGCCGCUCUGUCGUCACUAUUGGCCGCAAGAGGAUAAGUCUUUCGGACACCUGGCAAGUGCAUGAUGGAGAAACAACGCUUGUUCCACGGUUUUCAGUCACGAAACACAUGAACAUUUUCAACACCAAGUCCCUAGCUUACGUUUGCAAAGAAGGAUCGUCAAAGAACAACGACACGAGAAUCCCGAUGUAUGAGAUCGAUGGAUCAUAUGCUCAAAGGUGUUGCAUCGUAUAUGAUGAUAUGCGACGGAAUGUUGCUGAGAUCAGGAGCAAGGAAGCCAAGGGAGGUACUGUUGCUCUUGGCGUAGAUGUUUUCCGUUUGGUUAUGCAACCUUCAAUCGAUCCAGCUGUCGCUAUGGCUCUUAUCGUCGUCCUCGAUCAGAUGUUCGGUUCGUCUAGACGUGUUUUUUAA